GCCUCAGGGACAGAGCUGCGGUCAGGAACGACCCGGGCUGCCGGUUUUCGGGAUUUAUUCACGUUUUCUGGACUAUAACUGACUUUAAUCACACUUUACUUUUGUUUUUUUGGAACAAGAAGUUUUCAAAGACUUACAUUCCUUCAUCUCGGACCAGCCGAGGACAACGGUCGUCUAUGUCGUCCCUUCAGCAGCAGCAGAGAGGCCAGCAGCUGCCCACCGAGCCCAGGCAAAGAGCCUGAUCCUGGGCUGAGAGAGAGCCAGCUGAUGCCCCCCUGGUCCAGGCCACCGUCCCACGCACUCAGCUGGAACAUGCUAUAACCAGCUGACUGCCAAUCAAAAUGAUGGCCUCGGUGGUUGCUGGGGGCCACCGGAAGAAGUCUCUCACGCUGAGAGGGGUGGACCCGGAGACCUGCAUGAUUGUGUUCAAGAACCACUGGGCACAGGUAGCAAAGAUCCUGGAAAAACACGAGCCGGGUCGUAGCGGCACCAGUGCGUUGAGUUUCCUCUCCGGUCACGCUAGCGGCUCCGGAGCGUUACGCCUCGGCCCCAUCCCGGCCGACGAGGCCAGCGCCGUCCAGAACUACGUGGAACACAUGCUCUUCCUGCUGAUGGAGGAAGAGAUGGGGCAAGGAGGAGCGAUGGGUCCCAUCCUGGAGUUUGUGGUUGUGGAGGGUGUGAUGGAGAGGCUGUUUCUGUGGAGUCUGAGGAGACAGUUCACUGAGGACAUGAAGCUGGAGCAGCUCAGGAUGUACCAGAUGCUUCUCUCUCAGGCCAGACAGCCUCUGCUGCACCACAAACCUGUUCUACGGCCGCUCAUGAUGCUGCUGGCCUCCUGCGCCGGAGCCGGAGGUGGAACUGACAGCGGUGGCGGUGGUGUGGUGGAGGCGGAGCUGGUCCUGCUGUUGAACCAGCUGUGUGUCGCUCUGGUAAAAGAUCCCUCAGUGCUGGAACUGUUCUUCCACACAAGUGAGGACCAGGGAGCCGCCAACUUCCUGCUCUUCUCCCUGCUCAUACCAUACACACACAGACAGGGCUCGGUUGGUCAGCAGGCCAGAGAUGCUCUGCUGCUCAUCAUGUCUCUGUCAGCCUCCGACCCUCGGGUCGCCCAGCACAUCGCCCAGAACACAUACUUCUGUCCUGUGCUGGCCACAGGUCUGUCUGGUUUGUACUCGUCUCUUCCAGCCAGGCUGCAGGUUUACAGUGAAGACUGGCACUGUCUGGACCAGGCCGACUGGCAGCAGGUUCCAGCGCUCGUCCACUUCCUGCACUCGCUGGACUUCUGUAGUGCCGUUACAAAGGUCGCUCAUCCCUCCAUCCGGUCUCAGUUGCUGGGUUACAUCUACAAUGGCUUCCUGGUGCCUGUGCUGGCUCCUGCUCUGCACAAGCUGACAGUGGAGGAGGUGAUGACCACCACGGCGUACCUGGAUCUGUUCCUGCGCUCCAUCUCUGAGCCCGCCCUCCUCCAGAGCUUCCUGUCCUUCGUCCUGCUGCACACACACGACAAUGUGCACAUCCUGGACACACUGGUCAGCAGAGUCAACACACCUUUCCAGCUGGGUACGGUGUCGCUGGCUCUGUUCAGGACUCUGAUUGGUUUCUUCUGUGAAGACGUCAUGCUGCAGCUGGUGUUCAGAUAUCUGAUUCCCUGCAGCCACCUGAGCAGGAAGCAGCGCUCCUCCUUAAAGCAGACAGACUGUUACUCCUCCAGCGCCGCCUCGUUUCUGCUCCUCUUGCCCUCCUGGUGCCCUGGGAACCUCCACAACAUGAACGCAGACCUACACUCAGAGCACGUCCAUUGGCCCAAAGGAGCAGAUCUGUCCGUAUCAGACAGUGUCGGGUACUGCCGUGGUUCAGACUUUUUGAUGGAUGUAAACUACCUCCACUACCUCUGGGACGCCCAACAGGCCAUCUCCAUUUCCCACAGGGCAUGCCGGUUCUGGUCGUCUCCGUAUGACGGGAUCGACCCUCCGCCUCAAGAAAACCGAUCGGAAACCCCCGGGGACGACAUAGAAGAUGAGGAAGAGAUUGUACUGCAAGUCGAGAGUGACUCCAUCUGCUCUUUGGUCAUCACUCCUCCCCCCUCAGCGCUCUCCCCAACACCCUCGUCCUUAGACACCGUCUCCACCGGCAAUCAGGCGGGACGAGCCGGCUCUGCCCUGGAGCUGGAAUGGGACGACAUUUUUGCAGAUGACGAUCCCUCUUUAUCAGCAUUUAUAAACACAGCAGUAGCAAACGCUGGCGUGGCGAUGGAGGGCGAAAGAUGCACUGCGACGCCUCUACCUCCCCGACACAUCCAGGAAAUGCAACGCACUGCGACCAAGCUGGUGCACGGCUCGUACGUGGAGGAAUCCGAGUUUGAGGACGACGUUCUGGUCUACGAUCUAGUCGCCCAGAGAGAGACAAAGGCGGCCAUUUUGGAGCGAAUCAUGGCAGCAAAUCGACGGGCACGUGGAAGCAUUUCAAACAGCCAAUGGAUGUCAACGGCAGCGACGACAACAACUUUAACAUCAAUGCUAACGACAACCGGGAGGACGGUGAUGGAAACGGUUAACAGCAUAAUGUCGACAAGGAGGAUGAGCGAGGAUGGAGGGAAAGAGGAAAGAAGGAGUGAGGAUUAUGUGAAGGAGGUGAGGAGGAGUAGUGAGGACUUUGGGAGAAGGAAGGAGGAAGAUGAGAUAAAGAGGAUUGAUGCACAAGGAGAUCGUCAGUUUUUCACGAAUGGUUUUAACGCUAAGAAUUACAUCAUCGACGAAUGUGAUGAUUCCGAUGAAGACGCCGAUCUGUUUAACCAAAACUGCAACCUGAGUGACUUCACAAAUACUGUAAAUCACACACUGCAUGAACACAACACACAUCCCAUGCCAUGUUUAGUGACUUUACCCAAUGGCCACUCGGAAUCUGAGCCAUCUUUGAGUCACCCUUCGGUGGCUGACGCAAAGUCUCCCAAUCUGCCUGGUAACAAAGUCGCCAAUAACGAUGACUUCCUGUCCCGAUACCACGAGCUCAUGCUCUCUUUAGGGGUGGAGCCAGACUGUGACGACAUCACAAACGAUAUUAGCACAUUCAGGAGGCGGGUCCGAGCGCUGAGGCAAAGACUGGAAGAGGAGGAGGAAUUUGCUUUUAGCUCCUCGUGGGAAGACGGAGAGGAUGAAGAAGAAGAGGCGAUGGAUGAGGUAGAAGAGGAGGAGGAAGAGGAAGGAGAGGAGAGGACGAGCAGCAGUAAGAAAGGCAGCAGGAGGCACGCAGUUCCCUUUACAGGUCCGUUCAUCAGCGUCCUGUUGUCCCGGCUUGAGAACCUCCUGGAAAACUCCAUUGCUGUGAACCUGCUGGUGACGGGCAUCCUGGCCCAGCUGGUGUCGUACCCGCAACCUCUUCUGAGAUCUUUCCUGCUCAGCACAGACACACACAACCAGCCCAACGUACGCACACUGUACCAGGUGUUGGUGUCGGUGCAUGAUCAGAUUGAGCGCUACGUGGCUGCCAGACCAGACUAUCCUGGCCUGGUCACCCAGGCAUGGAGGUUCUUGUUGGCUAAAGACCAAGACAGCAAGUUUAGAGAGUGCCUCCAGUCUCAGGGCCGCGACAUUAUCCUGGACCCAUCUCUUGCUAAUGGCUCCGUGAGGAACGCUCUGGCUUUGCCUCCUCUUGCCGUCCUGCCGCCGUGCCCUCACAUCCCCCCUCAUGCCAAGAGCCGUGUGUUCGCCAUCAUUCUGUGCCGAGUUUCUGAAAGAGCUGGCCGCCAUAGCCCAGGAGCACAGCAUCACACUGGACUCUUCUACAGAGGAUUAAUGGGAGUGGCUUUAAGUCUCUGUCCAGCUGUAAAUAUCUGCCUGAGAAAUCGCCAUUAUUGUGCCCGUGAGCAAGUACUGAUGAAAACGUAUCGAAGGAGCCUCCAGCAGGAGAUGGAGGGCUUGUAAUGAAAAAAAAUAAGCACAAAACAUGCAACACAAAUGAUAUUACACGUGUGAGUAACUUAUGCGGACCAGUGCAGUGCCGUUAAAAAAACGUGCCUGUUGGGAACGGGCCGAUUGCUGCUUGCAGCUUUCCUGAGAACCGCUUAUCCAAAAGAACUUUACCCUCAACACUGCGCUUCCUUGGGUCCUGAGCAAUAAACCUGCCGUGACAUAGUUGUAUAUCUUAGAGUAUCUGCAACCUUUGCUAACAGCUAGCUAUUUGGGAUCAGGCUGUUUCUAAGAACAAAAGCACAAAAAAAAAGUCAUUACCCCUUGCAAGACUAAUAAAGUAUGUCUUCUCCUUUAUUCCGAAAGUUAGAUUGCUGAUUAGGAUUGGGUAUGUUUUUUGUUUUUUUCGAUACCAGUGCAAAAACGAUACUUUUAAAGCGGUGUCUGAACUGACGACAGUCGUUGACAUUAAGGCCGUAUGGUCACAUUUUAAUAAUUUAUUUAAAAUGUGAUAACAAUAAAUUAUUUCCAGUCAAUUGCUGUUAAACGAUUAAGAACCACAAGAUGGCAGAAGGGGUAGUUUACAUUAACUUUUAACACCAGGAGCUUACAAGUUGCAAUUGAACGCAACAUUACGUCCCGUCGGUGUUGUUUCUCCGAAAACUCCGACUCUGGCAGUAGCCAUGGUACAGCGAGUCUUCUCUGUGUCUUUAGCUGCACACUGUUGUUUGUACCGAUGUAGGAAUCCUUUCCAGUUAAACACAGCCACAUGUUAAACAGCUUAGCAGUCAGCAUUUUAACUGUUUAAUCCAGCUACUAGCUAAUGUUAUCUGCUGCCAAGUGCAGUGUUAAUUAGCGUCAUAUGCAGUGAUGCUUCUGUUGCCUGUAACGUCUGUUUCAGAGCACCAGAGAGCAGCGCGGGCACUUAUGUGGCACUGAAAUGAGGCACCGAAAUGGCGACCCAUCUAGGAACCGGUGCCAUAUUGGCACAAGUUUUGGUACCCAACUCUAUUGGUAAUGCUUGAAAAGUUUGAGUUGAAUGUACUGCAACGGAUGGAGAGUAUGCUGUACCCAGCAUGCCGUUCCGAGGUGUAACAGUUUAUAGCGGUCCCCUCUCAAUACACUACACAGUGUAUACAUAAUGCACUAAACGCACAACAUUAAUAUGUCGUGUGGAUCUCAAGAGCUCAUAUUCGACCACUGCUCUUCCUCAGGUCCACAGCAAUACACCGGCUCAAGAGUGAAGUCGAUCGGAUGAACGGUUGUCGAGAUAAUUAAAGGACAGAGAGAUUACUUCCAUUUUAGAUAUUACAGUAAAAAUAUUUGUAUAUACAGUAUGUUUAUUUUCCUAGCAGCACUUGAAUAUUUUGAUGUUUUCCCUUUGAGUGUGAAUGAUAUUUAUAUGUUGAUGAAAAUGAUUUGAAAGAGAUUAUUUUGAAGAUGAAUCAAGUUUUCUAUAUAAAUGUGUGGGGGGCGAUCAGCGCAAAACGUUUUCUACGCUGUUUUCUGAAGUCUUUGUCAGAAAACAUGGAGUGACAUUUUUUUCACCAAGUGACAUUUUUAUUUUUAAAUGUGGAAAUAAAUGUUAGGUUGUUGACAGUAGACUGGUGGAAGGAGACUAUUACCUGCUCAACUUAAUCCUUUUUUCAAUUCAUUUAUGUUUUACAAGUUACUCCCUUCUUGUUUUUUCUUCUUUCUCUUCAUUCUCCUUUUUUGUGCAACUGAAGAGUUAAAAAAUACACUACAGUCGUUAGUUAACUUAAUGUCUGGAUUUUUAAACAAACCAAACUAGAUGUGUGUUUUUCAGAGAAGCUCUUUGGUUGAACUUCUUAUAUUUGUCCCUCCUGUUUUUGUGCGUCUAUAUAAAGAAGAGGCUUCAUCUGUAUUUCAGUUCACCUUUAAAGCACAUGGUCCAGUAUUCUUGUUUCAAACUAUUUGUCCAACAGCUGCAGUUUCUUUUUGUAGCUUUUCAGAGCACUUUGAAGCGGAUGUAUGAAGUUUUAAUACUGAAAAUGAAAGAUGAAAGCGGCAGAGCAUCUCGACCUGUUUAUGUUUUCCUGUUGUUCAUUUAACCACACACACACACACACACACACACACACACACACACACACACACACACACACACACACACACACACACACACACACACACAGAGUAAUGACAAAGCCUUACUUUAACCAAACAGAGAUUUUAGUGCAAGAAACAUUAAAUUGUUGAGUAUUGCAUCAAAUCUUUUUCUCACUUGAACUUCUAGCAAUGUGCAUUUCAUUGUUCUUAAUGUGAAGUGUGUGAUUUUAUGUCCACAAAUUUCUAUCAGUUUUGUCCCAUUUUCACCCGAAAUGAUUUGCUGUCAUGCUCCUGUAGUGUUCACCUGUGCUGCAUUCAGGUCAAGUGGGAAAGAAGGAAGAUUUGAGUUCCUGCUUACAAAAGAUAUCAUUUAUCUGAGCCUUCAGGUGGCAAAACGCACAAAAUUAAUAUGCCCUGUGGAUCUCAAGAGCUCACAUUUGACACUGCUCUUCCUCAGGUCCACAGCAAUACACCCACAGCAAUACAAAAACUAAAAACACUGUUCUUCUCCUGGGGUAUGUCCCAGGUCCUUAAAUUGCAUUCACGUUUCCUCCACUUGCUUCCCUUCCUCACGUCUUAGUCCGUCCCAACGAGGAAGCAGGGGAGAGUCGUGAGGAAAUCAUGCAAGGAGAGGAAAUGAAGAAAUGUGUGGGUGAGACGUCCUUUCCUCUGAAGCAUCACGUGUAUUUGUCAGUUGUAUGGGCGGAGUUAGCAACAACUUUUAGCUGCACGGCCUCCUGGAAGGCUGCUCUCGUGUAUCCUCGCGCAGCGGCUGCUUCCAAAGUCUCUCAUUUGAUAUCUCCGUGCUCCUCGGCUAAACCAGAAGUCAUUCUUGCCUUCCUUGUGAAGGCCAUGUCAAAGGUCUUAUCCCUGCCCCGAGGAGCAAGGAGGGAGGACGGAGGAGGGAUCACUGAGGAGCUAUGAGCGAGGAAACACGAGAACAGCCUUCCUGGAAGCCGGAAAAGACGUCUCAUCCCUCUAAAACCCAUUUCCUCGUUUCCUCUCUCCUCGCAUGAAGGGAAGCAAGAAAAGAAACGUGGAUGCAACUUAGGGGAAGUGAGGAGGGCCAGAACUUCCGGAAGGCCUUCCGGUUCAAGCGAGGAGAUAUCAAAUAAGAGACUUGGGAUCCACCCAUGGUGUUUCAGAACAACCAGGAGCACUAACGAAGGAAGCCAGAUUUCCUUACCAAUCAGUCAGAACUGAGGAAGUCUCUCGGAUGAGGGACGAAAUGUCUUCGAAGCACCUUUAACCGAGUCCACUUGCUGUUGAUUUUGAACCCUUCCUUGGGUAACUACGACCUGGAUGACCGCGCACCUUCACGGACCAUAAUCUCUCUCGGUGUCUUCAAACUUCUUCAAACUGAUCUGAACUGAAAAGUUACACCGACUGCUUUUGCCCGUUGCCCAUGUCAUUGCAGCCUUCACACUCACAGCCUCUCUCCCUAAUACAAACUGGGUUACCAUGGAGAGUAUUAUGGGAUGGACGGCUGUUGAUCCUGCCACCUGCUGGUGAGCCACAGCUGGGACAUGUUUGUUUUUUUCUUUUUAUGGUCUCUGCGCCUCUGCUUUUAAAAAUAAUAAAUUAUUGCCAAAAUGA